UGAAGGUGGUCUGAAUUAAAAAAAACUGACAAGUAAAAAAAUUGGUAUUACGAACGAACUGCCCAUAGAUGAUAUAUACAUACUGAACUACCCUCGACCUAACAGAUUCUCACUCUGAAUCUCACGAUUUGCUAGUCACGUCGGGUUUAGACGUCUCUCUACUUUCUAUUAGUUUAUUUUAUAUUUGUUACAUGAUAAUGGAGCGCAACGGUUCAGAAAGAGAUGUCAACGAUGUUGAAGAGUGGCCAGAAAUAUACGAGGAUGCUAAUAAUAUGAUAGACUUUGAUUUCGACUUUGACUUAAUAAAUGACGACAAUCUAUCGAAUGAUACGUGGCAGUUCUUUCCUGAAGAUUUAGAGAAUAUCGACUAUAACUCACUGGAGAACAUAGAUUUUAUACCAGCGCCUGAGACAGGGUUUUCAGUGGAUGCUGUGAUUAAUCGUUUGGAAGACAUAACUCAAGGGAUGAUCAGCUUGGCUGGAGACUUUAUGCAGUGUAUCGAAGAGAUCAGAGUAUUCACCGCUCAGCAGUUCGGGCAUUUCGAGCAGGAACAAGCGUGGGCGCAGCAAGCGGCCAGCGUGAACGCCAAUGGUGAAACUAUGAGGUGCGCGAAUUGCAACCGCGAGGCGACAGCGGUUUGCUCACUCUGCCGUCGCACUCCGUACUGCUCGAUGUACUGCCAGAAGCGCGAUUGGAUGUCGCACCACAUCGAUUGUCUGAUCUCCAUGGCCAUCAUAGAAGCGGACAUGCAGCAGGACCAGUGGUACGGCCCACCACCGGAUGCAUUGUGAAGAUCUCACCACCAACCUUUUAUAAUUGUGUACUCGUCAUUUUAUACUCGGUUUGAGUGUGCGUAGUUCUUUGCUUCUCGCGAUAAUGUUACAUUAUUACUUGUCUUUUAAUAUUAUUACUUUUUUUAUUUCAAUAUUUUUCUUGACUAAAUUUAUAUACAAUUUGGCAGUAGUGGCACUUUUAUAUAAGUUAAGUUUUUGUACUAUGUAUAGAUAGGUACUACAAUAGCAUCACGAUUACGGAAUCAAACAAAAUCAGGGGUAUUCCGUAUAAUCGAAAAUCCGGAUAAUCGCUUUCAAAGACAAAUCAAACAAUAUGCAAUUAAAUUUUAAUAUUUUGUUAUUCUGUAAAGGGCUGUGUAUAUAUCAUUUAAACAAUACAAUGUAAAAAAAAAAUACGAGCCAUAAAGAUAAUGUAUUAUAUGAUACCUAUUUAUCUAAUUAAUAUAUAUCUAAAUUGGUAAUUAAAGUAAAAAAAAUAAGUCCGGAUAAUUGAAUAUUCGGAUAACCGAUAUUCGGAUAAUUCAGAUUCUAUUGUGUAUCUAUUUGUAUCAAACGAAUUUGUCACGAAUAUGUAGGUCUAUAACGGCAACAUCUGUGUCGGUCUGUUUGCAUGAAAAGUUUAUAUAUUUUGUAGUUACCGUCAGUUUUCUGGCGGCUUUAUCUGAAUUAGGUUAAGAAUUUUUUUGUAUUAAUCUACCACAUUUAGUUUAUGUUAGAAGUAUAUAUUUUUUUUAUUAAACCAAUUUACAAGCAUGUUUAUUUACUUUAUAAUUAAUAAAAAUAAACUGUUUAUUGUUACUAUGAUUUCUUUAUUAAAAACAUAUUUUGUCUCAAUGAUGUUUUGUUUUUGUUUAAUUUUUAUUGAACCAAUUUUCAAGUAUGUUUAUUUUCUUUACAAUUAAUGAAAAUAAACUGUUCAUUGUUGCUAUGAUUUCUUUAUUGAAAACAUUUUGUCUCAGUGAUGUUCUGUUUUUGUUAAAUUUUUUAUUGAACCAAUUUUUAAUAAAAAUAAACUGUUCAUUGUUAUGAUAUCUUUAUUAAAAACAUGUU